UCGCUCCCCGCCCUCCCGCUGCCGCCCGCCCUCGCCCUCGCUCCCCGCCCGCCGCCCGCCGUCCUCCGUCGGUUCUCUCGUUUAGUCCACUGCCGCCUCUUCAGCCACCCGCCCCAGUCUUCGAGCUUGCGACUCGCGGACAGGCGUCCUCGGCUCGGAGAGGCCGGACUCGAAGUCGUCGCCUGAGUGCCUUUCAUCUGAAAAUUCAAGGAAUCUUGUAGAAUUUUUGCCAUACACACCGUGGGUCUUGCAGCACAUUUGUAAGAAUGUGGCACUCAUCCCUGUGUUCCAAGUUGGCUAUAUAGAAAACAGCCUUGACUCCAGGGGCUUAAGCAGUAUGAAGGAGGAAGGAGUUGAAAAAGGACUUGUGACUUCACUUUAAGGAAGACAUUCUCAAUGGCUGCCAUCCGGAAGAAACUGGUGAUUGUCGGUGAUGGAGCCUGUGGCAAGACUUGCUUGCUCAUCGUCUUUAGCAAGGACCAGUUCCCAGAGGUGUAUGUACCUACAGUGUUUGAGAACUAUGUUGCAGAUAUUGAAGUGGAUGGAAAACAAGUGGAAUUGGCUUUGUGGGACACAGCUGGGCAGGAAGAUUAUGAUCGCUUGAGGCCCCUCUCCUACCCAGACACUGAUGUCAUACUGAUGUGUUUCUCUAUUGACAGCCCCGAUAGUUUAGAAAACAUCCCAGAAAAGUGGACUCCAGAAGUCAAGCAUUUCUGUCCCAACGUGCCCAUUAUCCUGGUUGGGAACAAGAAGGAUCUUCGGAAUGAUGAACACACAAGGCGGGAGCUAGCCAAGAUGAAGCAGGAGCCGGUAAAACCGGAAGAAGGCAGAGACAUGGCAAACAGGAUUGGCGCUUUUGGGUACAUGGAAUGUUCAGCAAAGACCAAAGAUGGAGUGAGGGAGGUUUUUGAAAUGGCCACGAGAGCUGCUCUGCAAGCCAGACGUGGGAAGAAAAAGUCUGGGUGCCUUGUCUUGUGAAACCCUGCUGCAAGCACAGCCCUCAUGCGGUUAAUUUUGAAGUGCUGUUUAUUAAUCUUAGUGUAUGAUUACUGGCCUUUUUUUUUUUUUUCAUUUAUCUAUAAUUUACCUAAGAUUACAAAUCAGAAGUCAUCUUGCUACCAGUAUUUAGAAGCCAACCUGAUUAUUAAUGAUGUCCAACCUGCCUGACCUACUGGGGUCCUCUGACACUGCUCUUAACAGCCCUCCUCUGCACUCCCACUUGACACACAGGCGCUAAUUUCAAGGAACUUCUUAACUUCUUGCUUCUUUCUAGAAAGAGAAACAGUUGGUAACUUGUGAAUUCAGCUGUAACUACUUUAUAACUAACAUGUUCUGCCUAUCAUCUGUCAGCUGCAAGGUACUCUGGUGAGUCACCUCUUCAGAGCUAAAUCUGUUGAAGGAGUAGCAGAUUUCAUUAUUUUAUAGUUCUGGGGUUGGCAUUCACCUUUUCAAAUAUGCUGGACCAGAAAGACCCAGGUCCAUGCAGCUGUGGCAAAGUUACAGUUCUGUGGUUUCAUGUUAGUUACCUUAUAGUUACUGUGUAAUUAGUGCCACUUAAUGUAUGUUACCAAAAAUAAAUAUAUCUACUCCAGAUUAGAUGUAGUAUUUUUUGUAUAAUUGGAUUUCCUAAUACUGAUAUUUGUCAUCCCUACAGAAAGUGUAUUGGUUUUUUAAAAAAGAAAGUGUAUUUGAAAAUAAAGUCAGAUGGAAAAUUCAUUUUUAAAAUUCCCGUUUUGUCAGUUUCUCUGAUGAAAGAUGGCCAUAUCACCUGUUUUAGGCCCCACAUAAUCCCAGCACUCCUCCCCAGAGCUGGGCUAAGUAAAUAGGGAUUUGGUUUCCUGCCUGAGGCACUUAAGACACUUCAGAAGGUGGCAUAACCUGUCUCACCUGGACUGCAGGGUCUGGCUCUAGGUCACAGUGCUCUUUCUCUUCACUGUAUCCAGGUUCCCUCCCAGAGCAGCCACCAGUUCUUGGGUGGUACUCUGUUUCUCUUUUCUCUCCAGCUGACUAAACUUUUUUUCUGUAUCAGUUAAUUUUUCCAACUACUAAUAGAAUAAAGGCAGUUUUCUAAA